GGGGAUACCAGCGCACUUUUUCUCUCAUUGAACAAGAGAAAUCUUUUUAUUUAUUUAUUUUUUACAACGUUCAUACUUCACCUAUAUCAUGGUGUCCCACAAAGAAUUUGAGACUGCAGGGAAGCAGCCAGGCCUGCAGGUAUGGCGCAUCGAGAACAUGGACCUCAAGCCUGUUCCCAAAAACCUUUAUGGAAAUUUCUACACAGGAGAUGCCUACCUGCUUCUGUACACCACUUCUGCACCAUCCUAUUACAUACACAUGUGGAUGGGUGCUGAGUGCUCCCAAGAUGAGAGCGGUGCUGCUGCGAUCUUUGCCACACAGUUGGAUGACUUCCUGGGUGGCAGCCCCGUGCAGUUCCGUGAGGUUCAGAACAACGAGUCUCUCACCUUCCUGGGUUACUUCAAAUCUGGGAUCAAGUACCAGCAAGGGGGCGUGGCCUCUGGCUUCCAACAUGUGGUGACCAAUGAUGUGAGCAUGAAGCGACUGCUCCACAUUAAGGGUAGGAGAGCCAUCAGAGCUACAGAGGUGGACUUUUCCUGGGGCAGCUUCAACAGGGGUGACUGCUUUAUAGUAGAUCUGGGAAAGGAUAUCUUCCAGUGGUGUGGCAGUGAGUGUAAUCGCUUUGAGAGGCUAAAGGCCUCCCAGGUGGCCAUUGAUAUCCGUGACAACGAGAGGAAUGGCCGUGCCAAAGUGCACAUGGUGGAAGAAGGAGCUGAACCAAGUGCAUUGACUGAUGCUCUGGGACCCAAGACCACUAUUGCCCCUGGCACUCCUGAUGAUGAGAAAGUGGACACAGCCAACAAGAAAAAAGGAGCACUGUAUAUGAUCUCUGAUGCCUCUGGCUCCAUGAAGACCUCUUUGGUGGCUCAGGUCAGUCCAUUCAAACAGGCCAUGCUCUCGCCUGAUGAAUGCUACAUCCUGGACAACGGCGUGGACAGGAACGUGUUUGUGUGGAAAGGUCCAAAUGCUAACAAAGCAGAACGCAAAGCAGCCAUGAAGGCUGCAGAGCAGUUCAUCAAAGAGAAGAAUUACUCCAAUAAGACACAGAUUCAAGUGCUCCCAGCAGGGGCUGAGACCACCCUCUUCAAGCAGUUCUUCUCUGAUUGGAAAGAUAAAGACCAGACAACGGGCCCCACCAAGCCGUACACCAUUGGCCGCAUAGCCCACGUAGAGCAGGUGCCCUUUGAUGCCUCUACUCUCCACUCCAACAGUACCAUGGCAGCCCAACACAACAUGGUUGACGACGGCUCCGGAAAGGUCCAGAUCUGGCGUGUGGAGGGUGGUGAUAAGGUUCCAGUGGAUCCCUCCACUUAUGGCAACUUCUAUGGAGGAGACUGUUACCUCAUCCUGUACAGCUAUAGUCGAGGAGCCAGGGAGCAGCAUAUCAUCUAUACCUGGCAGGGCCUAAAGUGCUCUCAGGAUGAGCUUGUGGCCUCUGCUUUCCUCACUGUCAAACUGGAUGAUUCCAUGGGUGGAGCUCCAGUCCAGGUGCGUGUGACACAGGGACAGGAGCCUCCUCACCUGAUGAGCCUGUUCAAGGGUAAGCCCAUGAUUGUCCACAGUGGUGGAACGUCACGGGGGGGCGGCCAAACCAAACCUGGUAGCACUCGCCUCUUCCACAUCCGUCAGAGUUCCACCAAAGCCACCCGUGCUGUUGAGGUUGAGCCCUCUGCUUCUUACUUGAAUACCAAUGAUGUGUUUGUGCUCAAGACUCCUAAUUCCAUGUUCAUAUGGAGAGGAGUUGGCGCCAGCGAGGAAGAAAUGGUUGCUGCCAAGUAUGUGGUCAGCAUCCUGGGUGGAAGUGCCAGUGAUGUAACUGAGGGCAAAGAGCCAGAUGGAUUCUGGUCUGCUCUCGGGGGAAAGAAGGAGUACCAGACCUCAGAAAGCCUGCAGAAUAUGGUCAAACCACCCCGUCUGUUUGGCUGCUCCAACAAGACUGGACGCCUUAUAGUUGAAGAGGUUCCUGGUGACUUCACUCAGGCUGACCUGGCCACUGAUGAUGUCAUGUUGCUAGACACCUGGGACCAGAUCUUCCUUUGGGUUGGCAACGAGGCCAAUGAGGAGGAGAGGACUGGAUCACCAAAAAUAGCCAAAGACUAUGUGGACACCGACCCAUCAGGACGUCGUGGGCUGCCCAUUACGAUUAUCAAACAAGGAGCAGAGCCACCAACUUUUACUGGGUGGUUUCAGGCCUGGGACCCCAAAAUGUGGGACACAGACCCUCUGGAGCGCAUCCGAGCCAGUUUUUAAAAGCGGGGACCUUCUCCUCACUCCUGUCUCUGACAUGGCAGGCUGCUGUUGUUCUGCUAUAUUCUCAGCCUUUUCCAAGGCUUGCUUUUCACAAAACAAUAUACCCAAGGCAGCUUUGUUUUUCCUCUUUCCUCUAGAUCACAGCUAACUCUUCAGUCCCAUGAACUGUUACAGCACUAACGUACAUACACAAAUAUCCAUGUUGCUGAUUAAAUAUGUUGUUAAACUGUCGUACAGUCCAAGAUGGGUUAUGUGUUCCAACCAA